AUGGAAUGUACUCAAAGGUUGGAGUGUACUCAAGAAUUAAACAAUACACAAACGGAGAGAACAUGCCCGGAGCAGAUUGGAUAUCUGGGUAUAUGUGGAGCGAAACAUCCAGUUUUAAAGGGCCCAAACAAAAUAGGAAGAGACCCCCAAACAUGCAAUAUAAUUCUGAAUUUGAAUUCAAUUUCGAGACAACAUGCUGUGAUAAACGUACUAAAUAGUAAAGAGUUUAUGGUUAUGGACUUAGAUUCAGCCAACAAAACAAAAUUAUUAAAUAAAACAUUACAACCAUACAUACCCCAUCGAAUAAAAGAUGGGGAUACAGUGCAGUUUGGAGAUAUAUUCGGAGUGUUCAGGCUGUUGGAAGAAGACAAUGAGCUACCAAUGACUCAGGCUAUAGACAUUCCAGAGACACCGGUCACCUUCAAGCAUGUGUCGAAGCUCAAUAAGGCACCAACUACCUUGAUACCGGAGUCACCUGAUGUCAGUGACAAGGAUGACUCCUUUUUGACACCAUCACAACCAAUAUGUGGGAGGUCGAGGUUAUCAAACUCUUUUAUAAAAAUGAAUGCAACUCUACCACAAGCAGGCAAAUCGCCUAAUACAUCCAUACCUCGGAGAUUAUUAUCACCAAAAAAAUCAACUUCAACAAGUUUUGUCCACAAUCCUAACACUAGCCUGAAUGAAUCUGUCGUGUCUCUCAAAACUGGAAAUUAUCCGAUAAUAUCUAUGAAGCAGACACACAAGUACCUAACCUUGUAGCUAAUGAAAGUACAGAUUCAAUAUUUACUGCUGGCACGCAAAUCCCCCCCGAGAUAGCCAUGUCACCUAGUGUACAUACAAUGGACACACAAGUACCCACAGCGGACCAUGUGCAUACUAUGCACACGCAAAUGCCCACAACAGAGCAUUUGCCACAAGUUCGCAAAAUUAAUGACCAGCAUGAAAUGCAGUUAGAUAUUUAUGCAGAUAACAAGGAGAAUAAUAAAGAUAUCUUCAACGCUGAAACCCAACCUUUUGGUAUCGUGGAUGAUUCGAUAGAGAAUGUGAACAAAAGUAAUGUAUCAAAUAUAUCCAGGUCCUCAGCUGAAGGAGACAAAAAGGAUGUACUAAAUACUUCGGAAGAAGAAGUACUGUUUGAUGAUAUUGACGGUGAAUGCUUCGAAGAAGACUUCCAUUCUCAAAACAUACUACAAGGUGAAAUUCCAUUAUUAGAUGAAAAAGAUGAUUCAAAACCCAAAGACAGUCCAAUCCCAUGUAAUAGAGAUAAGAGACAACCAUCUGGCGAUUUGACUGAUUGUGAAGAUAUAAACAUGUUACCAACUCAGAAAAUACCGGAACUACCAAAACAAGAAACUAAAGAGGAACCAAAGAUACAAGACAAAAAUGAUCCAAGCAGUUCUAAAAGGACAGUCCGUAUUAAAUCUGAUAGUUCAACAGACUGUGAAGACAUUGAUGUAGCACCAACGCAAAUUGUAACUGAACUACCUGCCGUUAAAGAUUCUAAAAUUAAUGCUGAUAUAGUAAUAAAAAAGCCAUUGCAAAGAGUGAAUAGAAUCAAAUCUGACAGUUCGACAGACUGUGAAGAUAUUGAUAUAGCUCCAACGCAAAUAAUACCAGCCUGCCUGUUGUGAAAGACUCUAAAUUAAAGCUGACAAAAUAACGAAUAAACCGUCCAAAAGAGUUAAUAGAAUCAAAUCUGAUAGUUCGAUAGAUUGUGAAGACAUAGAUUUAAUGGCUACCCAAAAGAUCCCCGAAAUAAAACCUGCCGAAGACGAUGACGCCACCGAUUGUGAAGAUGACGUUAUUGUCGUGAAUCAAAAGGAACCCCCUCCAAUACCACUCAUUGAUGAUGAUACACAAAUUGCUACACAAAUAAUUGAAGUAGAUAAUAAUAAAAAAGAGAAAAUACCCUUCGAAGAUAUGGCCACACAAAUUAUAAGUGUUGAUGAAGGUGUAUCUGGUUCUAAGAACGUAGCUUUUGAAGAUCAACCAACACAAAUAAUAGAUGAAGCAGUACCUGCUAAUAAAGAGUCUAUCAAAAAACCUAUCAAUGUGAUUGAAAGUCCUUUUAAAAUACCGUUUCAGUCUCCAAUAAGGAUAAAAAGUAAAGAUAUACCUAAAGUAAAUGUAAAAGAUAAAAUUGAGAAAAGUAAUCCAAUCGAAGUAGACCCUAAUUAUUAUAAUGAUACACAAGACAUUUUUGAUGAUUUAUGUACACAAAGAGAUAAACCAGAGGUCCAGCCUAUUACAGACGAUGAGGUCGUUCCAUGUUCCGUAGAAGAUUACGAAGUAAAAGACAAAUUUGCGGGUAUUGAGAAGGACUUAAGUCCUUUCAAAAACGAAAAUGAUGAUAUUGCUGAAAUAGCAAAAUUGGAAAAAGUGCCUAGUGGUGAUCUAUCUGAUGUAGAUUCUACUCCGAAAAAGGCAAAACCUUUCGUUUUUACAGAUAGUGAUUUACCAAGUAGCCAAGAAAUAAAAAAGUGUUUAGUAUCUCACACAAGGUCAUUUGGUACAGAAGAAUCAUCUAGCGAAUCCGAAACGGAAAACAGUAUAGAUGAACCAUUUAAUCCAUUUAAAAAUUUUAAUAAAAAGAAAAGAAAACCCGCUGUUGUUGUUGAUCUGACUAAACGAUUGGAAAUUGAUAAAUUACCAGAAAGAGUAAUAACUCGCCAAAGGAAACCCGCCUUAAAUACUGAGAGCAUAAGUGCAAAUAUUUUAAAACCAACUUACUUAACUGAGCAGGAAGAUCACAUCGAUCAAGAAAUUAUCACAGAAAAUAUAAAACGUCUUAAAACAUACGAACGGGCAAAGAGUAACAAGAAUGCUAAGAAAGACGAAAGUGUUAAAGAAGAGAAAAAACAAAACGUGUCUCGAAAGAAAACAGAUAAAGUUACCGAACCCAAAGAUAAGAUUAAAGGAAAAAUUGAAAAGCCCAAGAAAAAUGAAACUAAACCAAAAUCUGAAACACCUCGAACGAGUGAUGAAUCUCACAAUAAUCAGGUUCAAGAAGAAGAAAUUUUAGAUACCACAACGGUCAGUAAACCUACUACCAGGAGCACUAGAUCUAAGAAAAAAGAUACUGAACGUGAAACCAGUGAAAAUAAACCAUCUACUGAGAAAGCGACAGUGAAAGAUAAGAAGAAGCGAACAAACAAGAAACAAGAGAAAGAAAGAUCAAAGUCGCCUGAAAUGGUAGCGAGAACUACUGAAAGGGCAAGGACUGCAAAAUCGAGGUCGAAAUCACCUGAAAUGGAAGUUAGGAGGAGUAAAAGACAGAGGAAACCGAAGACGAAAUUCGAGGAAAGUGAAGUGAAAGCUCCUAAGUCUAUUCUGAAGAACAGUACUCAUGAGCAGAGCACGGUGUACAAUAUCUCGUCGUCGAGUAGUGAGUCGCCGCGCAGUUUGAAGAGGUCUAUGUUGGACUGUAGUGACGCGCCCAGCUCCAAGCGCACGCGGGCACAGACCAACUCCUCGAGCACCAGCGGCAUCGGCAACGCCUCGUUACGGGCAACCCCGGCGAGAGUGAUGAAGACUCAUCACGUACUUUUCACGGCAUUCCCCAGCGCAGACGUUAAGCAAAAGUUGGAGAAACUAGGAGCAGUAAUAGUAACGAAUGUGAUGGAAUGCACGGUGGUGUUGACGAUGCAAAUAAAGCGUACAUUCAAACUGCUGUGUGCCGUGGGGCUGGGCCGGCCCAUCGUCGGGCCUGGCUGGGUGCAAGCCUGCGCCGACACACACAUGAUUGUUGACCCUUGGCUAUACUUGGUGAAGGACGAGGCUGCUGAGCAGAGGUUCCAGUUCAACUUGCAGAGAACCCUGAGCAGCAAUAGGAACUUCCUGAAGGGGUACAAUGUGUCCUCCACACCAAAUGUACAACCCAAUGCCUCUGAGAUGAAAUUGAUAGUAGAGUGUUCAGGCGGUACUUGGAAGGAGAGUGGACCAAACUGGGUCUGUGUGUCUUGUACCAAGGAUAAGGAUCUCUGGCCAGCUCUGAGGCGACGGGGUGCCAUAGUGGUCUCCACGGAAUUCAUACUCGGGGGUGUAUUGAGACAGAAACUCGAAAUAGCCAGUAAUACCUUUAACUAA